UCUAGAGAGUAAUACGGUUAUAAUAUUAAUGCAUGCGUUUAAUUAAUAUACACCACGAGUCUCAACGACUCGCCGAAAUGUAAGAUGAUUUCAGUUGGUAAAUUGUGCUUAAUGUGACAAUAAAUCACUAUUCAUUGUCCACUGACUUUCCCCCAUCACAUGCGAUGAGCCGAUGAGACCCCCUGAUAUAGAUCAAUUAAACGCUUACAUUCAUUUUUUCCCCACGAUACUUAAUUUUUAAUAUAAUUAUUUGGUGACGUCGCUCCUAAUUAUUAUUUAAAAAAGAUUCGUAGCAAGAAUCCGCGAGCAAAACUAAACGUUGCGCGAAUAACAUUAAGGGAUACGAUUUAAAUUGUGGGGGAAAAAGACCUUUUGUUUUGAUCAUCAGGUCCUACUGAAGUAUUUUCACUGAAAGCGGUGGCUUCACGUGUGAAGUUGUUCCGCAAAACAAGAACUAUUUUUGACCACUGCAAAAUGAUCACCAGUUCUCCGUUUGCUGACCCGCGCUCCCGCGCUCCCGCAUAUUCGGUCACAAAUAUUCUAUGCUAAUAAUCAUAUAUUUGCACACCAACUUACAAACAGCCAGGCAGAUGAUCUAUUUCUCAACAUAAGCACAAAUUCCAUACAUAUGUAUUUACUUAGUGGCGGACACGCACAUGCAAAGACAAUAUAUAUAUAUUUACAAACUCGCUUAUACAUGUAUACACACGUAGGGUUAAUGUCCGCGCGCACACACACACACAUACACAUAUAUAUAUUCUACAUAAAUUAGGAAAAGCACAUAUCGUAGCGAUUGUCGGCUUACGAGCGGCAUAUUUAUAAAUACUCUGGUAAUUUAUAAUUCGGAAGUUAAACAGGGAACGGCUCGAAGUUAAACGCCCUCAAUUGUUACAACUUCGAGUUUCGAGAAUUUGGAAACAGCGCGGCUCAAUUUAGAAAUAAUAAAACAUUUUUAAAGAAAUCCCUAAUCGCAUGACAGCAACAAACGCAAAAAGCUCUCGCCAACAGCCAGUUUCAUUGUGGGAAAAAAACCAAACUGUGAUUUAUUACUGGCUGGCCCAGGCAAAGAAAUGCGAAUUCAUGUUUAUAGUGUUGGAAGGGAGGGGGUGAAAUCUUUCAAAUGCCCCGGAAGCUCAUGUAUCCGUAGAAUAAACAUUCUGGAUUUAAACAUCUUUACUCGUCUUGUUUGGAAUGACGGCUUUAACGGACAGCAAGAUUCCUUCGGGCUCAGGCAGCGAUUCAUUUAAACACAACCCCGCGGAUGGGCCGAAGGGCCCGUUUCCAUGCUGCAUCUUUCAAUCAACCCCGCCUGCUUGACAUUUGAGGGAUCGCGUUGAAAUAAGCAGGCUUCCUCUUUUAGUAAAUUGGAGAUGUGUGUAACACCAGAGAAGACACAUUGCUAUUCCUGGUGUAAAAUGCAGGAAUGAUCAGCGCGUCGCCCAGUUACUGUUAAUAGACAGAACCACAAUUAUAUUUAUUAUAUAUUAUAAUAAUUAGGAGCGACGUUAUUAUUUAUCGUCAUUUACUCGUUUUUAAUUUGGUAGUAUUAAAUUUUGGUUGAUUCUAAUAAAGGAUGGAGUUUUUAUUGUGUGCGUAUAGAUGUAAGCGCGUGUGAGAGAGGUGUUGUAUUGUAUAUGGUGUGUAAACGUACAUGCAGUUCAUAGAGUCAUAGAGUCAUACAGCACGGAAACAGGCCCUUCGGAUCAGUUUGUCCAUGCCGACCAAGAUGCUAGUGCCAGCUGCCCGCGUUUGUUCCAUAUCCUUCUAAACCUUUGCAGGUUUGUGGAAUGGUGUUCUAAAUCUCACCAUGUUUCUGUGUGGCUUUGAUGUGUGUGUGUGUGUGCGUGUGUGUGUGUGUGUGUGUGUGUGUGUGUGUGUGUGUGUGUGUGUGUGUGUGUGUGUGUGUGCGCGCCUGUGUGUGUGUGUGUGUGUGUGUGUGUGUGUGUGUGUGUGUGUGUGUGUGUGUGUGUGUGCGUGUGUGUGUGUGUGUGUGCGUGUGUGUGCGCGCCUGUGUGUGUGUAUAUGAGAGAGAGAGUUUGUGUGUACAUACUCGGGACUUUCCAGCGGUUCAUCUGUAGGCCGAACGUUCGGUCUCCAAUUGGAGGCAGUCAGCUCUCCAGCUCCUUCGCUUGCAGAGAGAGGAAACAGCGAGCUGGAUUUUGCAAAGAGGGGCGAUUAAACUGGCGGAUCUCUUCCUAAAUUCAUUGCUAAAUGAUGCUUCCAAGUCCGGUCACAACGACGCCGUUCUCAGUCAAAGACAUCCUGAAUUUGGAGCAGCAAUCUCGCCAGCAAGCGACGCAUCAUCUGCGGCAGGAGUUACCCGCUCAGUUUCACUCGCCGUCUUCCUGCAUGCAUGCCGCGGGAGACAUAACCAGCUUCUCUGACGGCGAGGAGAAAAUCUCCUUUCUGAGCACUCUAUCCGUGCGGGACAGUCAGGGCGAAGUGAGUCUCUCUCCCGAGGUUUACGUUCACGGAACACUCAGGAGUCCGUGUGAAAACAAUUUGGAAGACGUGAUACUAUCGGGUGAAGUCAAAAAAACCUGCAUCUUAAAGAAGUCUCCGGAGAGCGAGGAUAACAAGAUUGAUGAUACGGAGAGACCGAAGCAGCGGCAAAGACGGAAACCUCGUGUGCUUUUCUCGCAGACGCAGGUGUUUGAACUAGAGAGAAGGUUUAAACAACAGCGGUACCUGUCCGCCCCGGAGAGAGAACACCUGGCGAACUCUCUUAAACUGACCUCUACCCAAGUCAAGAUCUGGUUUCAAAACCGGCGUUACAAGUGCAAAAGGCAACGUCAGGACAAAUCGUUGGAACUCGCCGGCCACCAUCACCCACCUCCUCCCAGGCGAGUGGCCGUCCCCGUACUAGUCCGGGACGGCAAGCCGUGCAUAGCAGGAUCCCAAAGUUACAGCAGUCCUUACGGCGUGGGGGGCAACGCGUAUGCUUACAACGGCUACCCAUCCUCGUACGCCGGUUACGGCGGCAGCCCGGUCUACAAUGCAAACUAUACCUACACCAGCAUCCCAUCGCUGCAAACCUCCACGGUCCACAACGCCUUCAUGAAUGUGGACCUCAGUAACGUUAAUGGCACGGUGCAGACCCAAUCUCAUCCAGUAAACGCCAUGCCCGCCUGCCAAGGCACACUGCAAGGUAUCAGGGCCUGGUAAGGUGACUGUGAGCCCAGACGUACUUGGAUGUAUUCAGAUUGCUCUGAACAUUUUAAGUGUAGGUGGUUCAAAGAUAACAAAGGCCACCAUUGAGAUCAGACUUCAAGAGUCCCUGCCUGGAGAAGCCAGUAUGGAUUGUUAUCCGGUGAGAAUCAACGCGCCAAAUAUUAUCCUCGGUCGCUGCGUGUAUGUUGCAUAUUACUCCCUAACCCCUGUAAUUGCUCGCUGUAUAAUUUGAUCGGCUUCCACGAGGUCAAUGAGCCACGUUCUUCUCCCUUGAAUUGCGUUAACUAACGAUGGACACUGA